AUGUCUCCCGGAAUGACCCUCUUCUCGGUGCAGGCCGUCCUGAUCCUCAGCACCGAGGAUGGCUCCCGCAUCUUUGCCAAAUACUACUCCCCGCCGCACAGCACCGCCUCCGCCGCCGGCGGCGCGAGCUCCUCGUCCAACCCCUACCCGGACCUCAAGGCGCAAAAGGCCUUUGAAAAGGGCCUCAUCGACAAGACGGCCAAGCAGACGGGCGACAUCAUCCUCUACGACAACCGGAUCGUACUCUACAAGCUCGAGUCGGACGUCAUGAUCUACGUCGUCGGCAGCCUCGACGAGAACGAGAUUCUGCUCUACAACACGGUCCUCGCCCUGCGCGACUCCCUGCACCUGCUGUUCAAGCAAUCCGUCGAUAAGAGGACAAUCAUCGAAAACUACGACCUCGUCUCUCUCGCCAUCGACGAGGUCGUCGACGACGGCAUCAUCCUCGAGACGGACCCCACCAUCAUCGUCCAGCGCGUCAGCCGCGCACCCACCCAGGACGUGCCCCUCGGCCGCAUCGACCUCAGCGAGCAGGGCGUCAACAACCUCGCCCAGCUGGGCAAGUCCAAGCUGGCCGACUGGCUACGGCAGGGCCUCUGA